UCUUAUCUCUGACCCGCUGGAAACACAGCAUGUUGUGAUGGGACGGGCUUGGCGGAAAGCAGCCUGAUUCGCUGUUGUCUCCGGAUGCUGAAAGCGCUCACAGUACGUGCCUGUCUGUCCUUUGUUCAUGUCAGUGUCUGUGCGUCCGGGCAGCAGCAGUCGGCGCUCGAUUGGUCUAGUCUGGUGCAACCAUGGCAGACCAAGAGGAUAAUGUUACAAUUCCUGAGUUCGACAGCCUUCUCCAAAUGGAUCCCUAUCUCAAACCGUACGAGAAGGACUUCAAGAGGAGGUAUGAGCUGUUCCAUAAGCAGCUCUUACUGCUGGAAGAUGCAGAAGGAGGCUUUGACAAUUUCACACGCAGCUACAAUUCCUUCGGUGUGCAGCGACUGCCUGACAACAGCCUGUUCUUUAAAGAGUGGGCUCCGGCUGCAGAGGCCCUCUUUCUCACCGGUGACUUCAAUGGCUGGGACAAAUUCUCCCACCCUUACACCAAGAAAGAAUACGGCAAGUGGGAACUGACUGUACCGCCCAAGUAUGACAAGUCUCCAGCUGUGGAACAUAACACCAAACUCAAGGUGGUAGUUCACACCAAGGAUGGUAAGCGGCUGUACCGGAUCUCGCCCUGGGCAAAAUAUGUGACCAAGGAGGAUAAAUAUGUCAUCUACGACUGGAUUCACUGGGAUCCCCCACUACCUUAUAUCCACGUCCACCCUCGGCCAAAGAAACCCACGAGUCUGAGAGUAUACGAGGCCCACGUAGGCAUCGGUUCUCCUGAGCAAAAGAUCGCAUCAUACACCAACUUCAUGCUCAACGUUCUGCCCCGUAUAAAAGAUCUGGGUUACAACUGCAUUCAGCUGAUGGCUAUCAUGGAGCAUGCCUACUACGCAAGCUUCGGGUAUCAGAUUACAAGUUUCUUUGCCGCUUCCAGUCGCUAUGGUACCCCAGAGGAGCUGAAGAAGCUGAUUGAUGUGGCUCAUUCGAUGGGCAUCAUGGUACUGCUAGACGUUGUUCACAGCCACGCUUCCAUGAACACAGAGGAUGGUCUCAACCAAUUUGAUGGCUCCGAAACGUGCUUCUUCCACGCACCUCCCAGAGGGGUACACAAGAUGUGGGGCAGCCGCCUCUUCAACUACGCCAGCUGGGAAGUGCGGCGGUUCCUUUUGUCUAACCUGCGCUGGUGGAUGGAGGAAUAUCGCUUUGACGGCUUCAGAUUCGAUGGCGUUACCUCUAUGCUGUACCAUCACCAUGGCAUCGGCAUUUCCUUUUCAGGGGAAUACAGUGAGUACUUUGGCCUACAUGUGGACGAAGACUCUUUGGUUUUCCUGAUGCUUAGCAAUCACAUUCUUCACACCCUUUAUCCUGACUGCAUCACCAUCGCUGAGGAUGUGUCAGGGAUGCCUGCUCUCUGCAGAGGCGUGCAGGAGGGAGGACUUGGUUUUGAUUACCGACUGGCUAUGGCCAUUCCCGACAAGUGGAUUCAGAUCCUGAAGGAGUUAAAGGAUGAGGACUGGAACAUGGGCAAUAUUGUCCACACACUGAUCAACAGGCGUUACGGAGAGAAAAGCAUAGCCUAUGCCGAAAGUCAUGACCAGGCUCUGGUUGGGGAUAAGACUCUGGCCUUCUGGCUGAUGGACAAGGAGAUGUACACCAACAUGAGCUCCCUGACUCCCAUGACACCCGUCAUUGAGCGUGGCCUGCAACUCCAUAAGAUGAUCCGCCUCCUCUGUCACGGACUGGGUGGAGAAGGGUACCUCAACUUCAUGGGGAAUGAGUUUGGCCAUCCUGAGUGGCUGGAUUUCCCCAGAGAAGGGAACGGGUAUAGUUACCAAUAUGCCCGGCGGCAGUUCAACCUAGUGGAAAUGGAGCACCUCCGCUACCGUCAGCUCUACGCCUUUGACCGGGACAUGAACCGUACAGAAGACAAGUACGGCUGGCUGGCUUCAGCACCUGCCCAAGUCAGCAUUGCGCAUGAAGAGGACAAGAUCAUUGUGUUUGACAGGGCAAAUGUGCUCUUUAUCUUCAACUUCCACCCCACCAAAAGCUACCAGGGCUACAGGGUGGCUGUUGAAAGUCCAGGAAAAUACAAAAUCAAGCUGGAUUCAGAUGAGGCUGUGUAUGGCGGUCAAGGACGGCUGGACCACAACACCGAGUUCUUCAGUGAGCCCCAGCCCCUCCAUGGUCGCUCCAACUCCAUGCUGGUCUACAUCCCCUGCAGAACAGCUAUUGUCCUGGCCAACGAGGAGAUAAAUUACUGUUAUUAGAGGAUGAUUGUCUCCACAGAGACCAGGAUCGAGAAUGGAUUCCAACAUCAAACUGUGUGUUAACAAUCACCUUCAUCUUAAAGUGUCAACCUUGCACACCACCCAAACCUGCUUUUUGUGUUUGAGUCUUUUUCUAAAUGGAAAAAAGUAUUAUUGUGAGCUUUGCUGCUUUCAAACACCAUCUGCAACCUUAGAUGCUGUGUAACCCCAUUUACUACAGAUUGGUCCAUUUGGGAAGCGUCCAAACUAACCAGCAGCUAGAUGCUAAAACUCAAAGCCCUGCCUGCAGAGUCCGUCCACCAGUAGCCAGCAGCCAUUUAUAGGCUCCGUUGAAUUUGGCGUGUCAUCUGAAACACAUGACCAGUGACUGUGGCAGAAGAAAGCAAUGCAAGCAUUAAUUUAUUCUUACAUGGUUAAAGCUCAGAGAUUUUUUUUGAUGUUAUAAAUGUUGAAAUACAUUUGACUUGGUUUUAAUUAUUUUGUAUUUAAAUACAAAUAAUAUUAUAGUCAGCGUCAGAAACAAAGAUAUUUACAGUCUUACCAGCACUUGAAAAUCUAAAUGUCUAGGUAUUUAAUCUAAGUCUAGGUCAUUCAUCUUUGUUAAUUUACAUUGUGGGACAUUGUAAGUAUAAAAAUAUUGUAAUUUGCACAAAGUAAUAAGCUGCUUUGAGUUAUUAUACUUCUAAUGAGUAUCUAAAGCAGUUGCGCUAUAAUGCUUGAAUUUAUGCAGCUACUGGGAGCAUUUAUGUCGUUAUUUAUGGCCCAGUUAUUAAGCCAUUAAUUUGCAGCUAAAGCAAAGUGAUAAAAUCACCUAAUUUAGAUUGUUCACAGUGUGUCACAUAAUAUACAGUACACAGUAACAUUUUUAGCUGAAUUACAAGGUUUUUCCCUCCACUUUACAAAAACUAAUGCAUAAUUCCCUCCACUGUAGACUAUUAAAGUAGUUUGUGUCAAGAAUUCACUGUAUUUUUGCUAAAUUCUACUAAGAGAUGAUACUGAUGAUUGACAUAUCAUUUUGUGUGGGAGAAAACAGUUUCGCAGGUAUGACUCACACACCUCACUGCUCUAAGAUGCUAUGAUUUAUGUGCACCAUGUUCAUUAGGUACUGUAGUGCUCCCCUGAGAUUAUUGCAAACGUUCCUGAAAAACACAAGCAGCGUAAAUUCACACGGAGAACAACGUGUGCCUCUCCCAAUUAGCUGCGACCUAUGUGACUUUUGUCUCAACAUACAUGAAGAUUGAACAUCUCAAAGAACAGCUGCAACGCUCAUCCUUUGUUCCCCAUAGCUGUUAUGUGAGAAGGUUAUUGAUUAACUAAACUUUGGAAGAACUGUAGAACAUCAUUGAUGGAAGGUGACUGUUUUUAUGGCUACUGAACUCACUCACUCAGGCAAAAAAAGUGCAAAUCAUUAAAAUGCUCUAUUGUAUGACAGCUUUCAUCAUAUUGUAAGGUUAUGUUUCGCAAAUGACUGUGAUAAUUGAUAAAAGACAAUCUGCUUCCAGCCUCCCUCUGAAAAUCUCUUGUUGCCAUAUGAAUGGAUGUCUUUUGGACAAUUUUCAGUAUUCUCUGCACGUUUUAUCAAAGCAGUAAGUGAAACGAGCUGAUUUUGGUUAUCCUAGUAAAAAGCUAAUGCCUUGAUUUACUGCCAUAGACACUGUAAUUCUAUGAUGUACACCUACAGCAUUAGUGCAGAUUCUCAGUCAUUUAAGCCAGUGUAUUGUAUAUAUGCUGUAUUGUAGCGUGGGUUUUGAUCUGCCUUCCCUGCAGCUGAAGAAAACACAUUUAUAUUCAGGACCAUCCUCUUGUGUUUAGUCAAAAGUAUCAUGAACAUGUCAUUUCUUUUUGUAUAACACCAAAGCAUUCAAAAUGCCCUUUUCCACCUCUCGAAAAGCACAGAGAGGAUCACUCUGCAUAAAUUUCAAGCAACGAGGUUAUGAGACUGAAGUGGAGUGUUUAAUCAUCCCUCAUCUGACCCAAUGUCAUUGUCGUUUUACCACUGCCAAAAUUAAUUGUCUGCAUUUAUUCUCAAAAGUAAAAUUGAUGUCUGAUGCACAGUAA